AUGUUCUUCAUCACCUCCUUUAUCUUGGCUCUCGCUGCCACCACUGCUGUCUCGAUGCCGGCCCCCAAGGAACGUCGCGAUGUCCGCAUGGCCCGUCGUUCCAGCGGCGGCGCGCCAAUUAUCAGCAACACCGCGGCCGGCGCCCUGUUAAAUGCGUCUACAGUGCCCUUUAACGGCGUCACGGGGUCGUUCGCGAUUCCGACGUUUACUGUGCCUGCGGGCGACGACCCAAUUGACCUUGGUGCCGCCAACUGCGAGAACGGCAUCUUGGCUGGUAUUAACAUGGAGAUUAAGAAUGGUUCACAGUUUAUCAAUGCCUUUUGGACGAGUUUCCCUGAUGGUAACGAUCACUUCUUCCCCAACGUUAGCUUCGCGCAGGGCGACAACAUAACAGUUUCCAUUGCCAUGACGAAUGCGACGUCGAGCACGGCGGUCAUAACCAACGAGAGCACAGACGAGACCUCCACCGUGGCCAUUGAGACCGGCCCUAUUUGCUCCCAGGCGGAAGUAGGAUGGCUGUUACAGGCCGUAUUCGACGAUUCCAAUGACAUCAUCCCUUACGUCGACUUUGGCACGGUCAACAUCACUGCAUCUGCCGAGACCUCCUCAGGCCCUGUCGACAUCUCUAACGCAACCAUUGUGACCACAGUCCAGAAUGGCACUACUAUUGCUUCCGCCUCGGUCGAGGGCGGGAUCGUCACUAUUGCCUUCGUCUAA